UGCGUUUUGCAAUUUCACUAUUAACCAACAAGCGUUCGCAGCGAGUAUAUUCUUUGCUAGGACAAAGCGAAACUUGGUUCAAAUUUUACAAGCCUUCCCAUCAUGCCAGAGAUAAUAAUUUAUGAAAAUGGAAUGUACAGACCUCUAUAUGAGGCAAAGCGUCCAAGAAACAAAGUAACAGUGGUUUUAGGAUCCCAGUUUGGCGACGAAGGCAAGGGUAAACUCGUGGACAUAUUGGCCACUUCUGCAGACAUUGUUUGCCGAUGCCAGGGUGGAAACAAUGCAGGUCACACGGUGGUUGUUGGAGAAAAACGUUAUGCCUUUCACAUUCUUCCAAGUGGUCUCAUUAAUAAGAAUGCCAUGAAUGUCAUUGGUAAUGGUGCUGUCAUCCACGUUCCACAGUUAUUUCAAGAAAUGGAAGAUCUCAAAGCACAAGGAAUCACUGACUGUGCUAAAAGACUAAUCAUAUCCAGCAGAGCUCAUCUUGUCUUUGACUUGCACCAAGAGGCUGACCGACUCAGGGAGAUGGGAAAAUCAAGUAUUGGCACAACCAAAAAGGGCAUUGGACCAGCUUAUGCUUCAAAGGCCCAAAGGCUAGGCCUCCGAGUUUGUGAUCUUGUCGGAAAUUUUGAUAUCUUCACAGAAAAAUUCAGAUUGCUGGCCAACCAUUUCCAGAGACUAUUCCCAGACUUACAAGUAAACUUUGAUGGAGAGUUCGAGAAAUACAAGGAAUAUGCCGAGAGGAUCCGCCCUCUAGUGCGUGACACUGUUGGUUAYAUGAACCAAGCUCUCCAGAAAUCGAAUCUGAAUAUUGUGAUAGAAGGAGCCAAUGCCAUGAUGCUUGAUAUUGACUUUGGUGGAUAUCCCUAUGUAACCUCGUCCAACUGCAGCGCUGGUGCAGUCUGCACAGGUCUUGGUAUACCACCAAGUGCUGUUGGUGAUGUCUAUGGCCUUGUUAAAGCCUACAACACAAGAGUCGGCACUGGGGUCUUCCCUACUGAACUCACUGACGAGAUUGGAGAUAAGUUGCAGCGCCUCGGCUCAGAAUGGGGUGUGACAACAGGCAGGAAAAGACGAUGUGGAUGGCUUGAUCUUGCUAUUCUGAAGUUCUCACACAUGAUCAAUAACUUCGCAGCGCUUGCAGUUGCAAAGCUUGACAUUCUUGAUGACUUCGACGAGGUGAAAAUCGGUGUUGCAUAUCGAUACAACGGAAAGGUGCUGGAAUCGUACCCUGAAACCCAAGAGCUGUUAAAAGAAAUCGAGGUGGAAUACGUUACAAUGCCAGGAUGGAAAACAAAAAUCACCGAAUGUCGCAGYUUUGAACAACUUCCUACCAACGCGCAAAAUUACAUCCGAAARAUCGAGGAGGUCGUUCAGAUACCAGUUCGUUGGGUCGGCGUUGGACCAGCACGUGACGCCAUGAUUUCAAUUUUUUAAACUUAACAAUACGCAAUUUUAGCGCUUUUGUACGUAUAUACACUUUUUGCUUACGUUUAUUAUUUUACGUUUCCGCUAAAGCAAGUGUACUACUUGCUUGGGGUUCAGUUUACAUUAAAAAAGUAUAAAUAUGAUGAUUUGCAAACAAACGCAAUACAAAUAUGAAAAACAAGCUGAGUGUAAUUUUCCAAAAUUAAAUUUCACGGCUACGCGAUUAUAAGUAAUAAUUUAAGAAACGYAUUCAAUGAAUCUUACAUUCUUGUUAAAGGGGCAUCAAUUCGGCUUGGUAACGCCACUGACGUGUCGUCGGCCGUAUACAGCAAUUUCAAAAAUCUUUUAGUGAUAAGAUAGUGUAUUCCAAGACCAAAACGCAUGGUUGGUCAUGUUUGCACCGCUUAAAAAGGGAUUUAUUGUUUCAGAGUAACUAUACCAGAGCUCUGCACCUUCUAUUGAAAACAUUUUAAUAUCCAAUUGUCUUUUAUAACGCUUAAUUGAUUAAGCCCUCGACGCUUUUUGAAAUAGCUGUUUAUAGGAAUAAGUCUCUGCAGUGGUUUGUUUUUUUGUUUUGUCGAUGUGUAUUUUACAAUAAUUUUGAAGAGUUUUAUAAGUUUAUAUCUUGUCAAAAUAAUUUGUUAAAAGAAAUGACAAUACAAAUAAAAGCAUUGCACGAAAA